CAGUGACUGCAACAGUUACUUUUUAUCAUAUUAUAUACAAAGUCUACCCCUCUGCUGAUGUUCCUAAAGUUUGAAAAAUAGACGCUUGGAAAACAUAACCACUUUAGAUUUGUUGAAACUAUCUGGGUGUUACGAUAUCUGAUUUUCUAUCACGCUCAAAUAAAAGUAGCCGGUGAGAUAUAGGUAGUAAAUAUGGCACCUCAACUACUAUGGAUCGGCUUAGGGAACAUGGGGAGGGGUAUGGUGAAGAAUCUGGUGGAGAAAGGCAACCUCGAGAAGCCCUUGCUCUUAUACAACCGAACGAGAAAGCGUUCCGAAGACGUGGCAUCUAAGCUUCCCGCGGGAAAGACUGAAAUCGUCGAUUCUAUCGAGGAGGGCGUCAAGAAGGCCGACAUAAUUUUUGUCAUUCUCUCCAACGACGCCGCAGUCCAGAACAUCUUCGAUACCAUCCUUAAAGUUGACGUAGCGGGCAAGCUGUUCAUCGAGUCCUCCACGAUUCAUCCGGACACUACACAAAAAGCUGCCGACUUAGUAGCUGAGAAGGGGGGCGAUUUCAUUGCUAGUCCUGUUUUUGGAGCGCCAGCAGCAGCCGAAGCAGGCCAGCUCGUUUUCGUCCCUGCAGGAACCAAGUCUGCCAUCGACAGGAUAAGACCCUAUAUUAAAGGCGUGAUGGGCCGGGCAGAGAUUCCAUUUGAGGAUCAGCCGCCAGCGAACUCGCUAAAGCUUAAGCUACUCGGCAAUACCUUCAUCGUGAACAUGGCGACGGUACUAGGCGAGGGCUUCGCAACGGCGGAGAAGAUCGGCAUCGGCCCCGAGCCACUAAAGCAGCUUAUCGACCAGAUGUACGGCGGCAUAUACAGCGCUUACUCGGAGCGCAUGUUAAAAGGCACCUAUUGGAAGAUGGAAGAGCCGCUCUUCUCAGCUAACAACGCACUUAAAGACGCGGGCCACGCGUCAAACUUGGCGAAGAGCGGAGGUGCCGAGCUCAGGCUGCUGGGUGUCGCUCAAAACUACUUGAAGAGCGUCGCCGAGCACGCGGGUGGCGACAAAGGCGAUAUCGCGGGAAUCUACGGCGCUGCGAGGAAAGACUACGGGUUGAAGUUUGAGAACGACGCAUGAUUUAUAGAAGAGAUUAGUUACUUGGUGUUGGCUUUUGAAUUGUUGCGUUAGAGAUCUUAAGAAGUUUAUGAGACAAACAAUGUGAUCUCACUCAAAUCUUAAAAAAUAGCUUCAAUUGCCCUAAAACAGUAAAAAAAAAUGAUGCUUGUUGCAAUUGAGUGAAUUGAG